UCGAUAUUUUAAAACAUCUCGGUAUCUUAGCGAUUUCUUUAAAUUCUUCAUGUGGUCGAAAGUCGGAAAACCAAAUAGGGGUCUAAAGAAGAAGAAAAAUUGAAGAGGACUUCAAUAUUCAUUCUAACCGAUCUGUCAUAUCGCAACUGAUCCAAACUGAUCGCAACUAAGUAGUUGAAGUACAAUGGUGGAAGAGGUUGUCAAUCCCAGCGUUAGGACGAAAAGCAAGACAACUCGACCACGUCCAGUGUAUUUAUGGAAUGUGCUAGAUGUACAGAAAUGGCUGAGGCGACACUGCAGCGACUAUUAUCAGCUAUAUUAUGAACUAUUUCUGCAUCACGACAUUACAGGAAAGACAUUGUUAAGAAUAAAUGAGAAUAGCUUGAGACAGAUUGGUAUCGAUAAUGAACAGCAUAGGAUGGACAUUUGGCGUGAAAUUAUUAAAUUGCAUCUUAAAACAGAUAUGCUAGAGCUUAAGGACAUUGAACGACGUGAUAAUAUGAUGAACCUGGAUCGAAACAUGUGAAAUCUAUUAUUGCACA